AUGGGCGGAGUAAGUCCCUUGAUACGAGGACAACUCAAAGGUCUGUCGUACCGAGCCGUUCCCCACAGCUAUCCCGCCCCACGGGGAUGGGUAAAGGCCCAAACAAUCUGCACCCAACCCUUGAUGUCGCUGCAUAAAUCCCGUGGCUGCCCUGUUGAUGGACACGUCGCCAGUCUAUCCGCCCUUGAGGGUCACAUGGCUCACAAAGGCUUGACAAGUUCACACUUCCACGUGGACAUGAGCACCCUGUCACUUGUGAAACUUUGCACGCCGAAGAAAGAUGGUGUCGGUAUACCUGCCACUCUUCUACGGUUUAAGAUUCUGUAUUCCGUUGCGCAAAGUGGGUCAUUGAGGCUGCUCAAGAGGGGGUGCAAAUGCAUUAACGAUACCAUGCCUUCGCCAUACGUCGAUGAAGAUGGUACUUUGUUGCUAAUCAGAUAUGUGAUUGACCCGAUACUGUCUACUACUCACUGA